UGGACGUCAGGCUGGAACAGUUCAAUAAAAACUGCGGACACGCAGGAAGCGGGAAACGUUCCUAUCUAUUUUUUCUUUUCUAUUCUGUAGUUCUUCCGCAACCGUCACGUGACGCUGAUCACAUGACAAAUACCAAGAUGGCGGCCGCCAGCGGCGUGUGCCGCACGGCUUCGGGCCUUCGGGACAGUCUUUCCGAGAUCUACAAGUGCACCGUGAACGCAACGCUUCCAGGACACAGUGCCGAGGAGCUCGCACGUGUGAUAUUCCGCGGGGUGCGCGCGCAGGAAGAGGACGACCGCCAUGGAAACGACACGGAGCUGAGCUGCAUCGGCCUGACUGUGAUCGGGAGGACGAUCUCCAUCGCCAUGUCGACGGCUCUCCAGCCGGACAUGGCGUCUUUCUACCAGCUCGCGCUUCAAGUUUUGUUUGAGGACAUGGACGCCAUGUCUCUACUGGUAGCUAACUUUGGCUGCAAAGACAAAUUCAUCAGUCAUUUGGCGGCAAAGAGCGCCGCCUCGUGGGUUCUCUACCAUCUGCGCAUGUCUGUGAGUAUCCAGUAUGUUUACUUCCGGUUUUGUUGCCAUAACCUUUUUGAAUUUUUGCAUUUGAACUGUCAGCUGAUUCUUGAGUGGAUUUUCCCCCCAAACGUAAAAGCGCUAACAGGUCAAAGCUAUCAAUUUGAUGUGACGUCAUUUCAGGGUGUGGUCAGUCCAGCAUGGCGGCAGGCUUGCGAGCGGGCAUUUCUCAGCUCAGCCGCCCGCCCGACUCUGGACGCCUGCGUGUGGUCGCUGAGCUACGUGCUCAAGAUGCUUCUGAAGGACAACCGUCAAGACGUUGUUAAGGUGGUUCUGAUGGCGUUUGACGCCAGCAUCAGUGCGUUGGUCUCCAGGUUCCUUCCCGCGGACGUGUGGCAGCACUCUGACGUGGACACGUUCUGCCUGCUGUUGGACCUUCUGGAGCUGCUGACGGCAUCCAGUGAGACGUGCGCGUGCGCUAGCAGCCAGAAGCUGACCCACGUGCACGCCGCCACCCUGAUGGCCGUCGUCAGCCGUUCGCCGCAGUAUUUUGUUAGUAAACGAGCGGCGCUGCUGCUCAAACGGGCCGCGCUGCGCAAGGCCGGCGAGGACUGGCUGGUGGGGGCCCGACUUCCUGUUCCCCCACCUGCACUGGCCUCUGACGUCACCUCGCUCGCUCGCACGGUGCUGGAUGGCGUGGCAGCCGACUGGUUGCUGAGCAUCCCAGUGGCGUCUGCGUCUUUCUUCGGAGGGACGAGCGACAUCGGCGGGGGACGGCAGGGUGGUGACGGUGUGAUGCUGCGAGCUGUCAGCCUGCUCGUUAUCACGUGCGUGGAGCGAAACGUGCGCGUCACCUCGGCAGGCGCCGAGGCUUGUGGGUAUCUGCGGUCUCUGUGGUCCUUCCUGAGGAAGACGCAGGUGGGCCACACCUGCCACUUGCUGACGCUCCUCUUUAGCGAGCAGGACGACGACAUGAUGGAGGCCGCCAAAGCUCUGUUGGCCAUUUUCCUCCACAUCAGGGAGAAUUCCCCGUCGGACGGCUCUGAUCCCGGGGAGGCCGCCUGCGCCUCUGGCUGCAACCCUCACUGUCACUUCCUGUUUGUCCUCCAGAGCGUGGCCUUUGACCACCGCGUCCUCCUGGAUUUCCUCAUCUCCAUGGAAACCUGCUUCCUGGAGUACCUGGUACGCUACCUCAAGUACCUGAGCACAGACUGGCAGGGCUUCACCGCCGCGUGUUGCCGAGUGGGCGAGACCACGACCGAGUUAGACUCUGGUCAGGUGGGCACCAGAUCUGGGCGGAGCCUCGUGGACUACGACUCUUCUGAUGAGUCCGAUCCAGAUACUGUUGAGGGGUCACGUGGUUGGACCGCCUCGGGUGGAAAGACGCAAACUAACAUGGCAGCGUGUCAAACUUUGGUACAAGCCGUCGCCUGCCUGUCCAAGCUCCGCCUCCUGGUGUCCAACCUGCAGGCAAAGAAAAUGUUUCCGUACAACGCCGAGUCGCUCAUCAAACUUCUAACACACGUGGAAAAGUGUGAAGGACAGAGCAGGUAACGGAACCCCCAGCAUGCAUCACGUUUUCACACUGAUGGAGGAAGGAUGUCCAAAGCGUCCCGGGGGCCGUUUGAGUCCUGACUUUGGUGCUUUCUUCCCUUUUUGGGCUCCCCUGCUGCUCUGUUGUUGGUCUAAGCAGCCAAUGCAGAGUAUACCAACUCUCACCAGAAGGCAUCUGGGAUAGGCUCCAGCCUACCUCGGGUUUGUGGACCAAAGGACACAAAUUCCAGCAUAGUUUGACUUCCUGAAUGGAACACAAUGAAGCCAACACAAGGUGAAGAAUAUCAAAUAAAAUGG